UCCUUCUGAUCGCUUACACCGGCCCGCCUGAUCUCAACCUCGUUUCUUUCUCUUACUUCCACGCCUCGCGCGCGCGCCCGCCGGACGCAGCAGCAGCAGCAGAGAUGGCCGCCCUCGCCGCAUCCUCCACGGCCACCUUCGCCGCCAAGCCUUGCCUCCCGCGCGCGCGCCUCUCCGUGUCCUGCUCCGCCUCCGGCAACGAAGGCGGCAACAGUGUCUCGCUCGCUGCGUCCGUCAAGACCUUCUCGGCGGCGCUCGCGCUGUCGUCGGUGCUUCUUUCCUCCGCGGCCACCUCCCCUCCUCCCGCGGCCGCCGACAUCGCGGGCCUGACCCCGUGCAAGGAGUCCAAGGCGUUCGCCAAGCGCGAGAAGAACUCGCUCAAGAAGCUCAACGCGUCGCUCAAGAAGUACGCGCCCGACUCCGCCCCCGCGCUCGCCAUCAACGCUACCAUCGAGAAGACCAAGCGCCGUUUCGAGAACUACGGCAAGUUCGGCCUGCUCUGCGGCGCCGACGGCCUGCCGCACCUCAUUGUCAGCGGCGACCAGCGGCACUGGGGCGAGUUCAUCACCCCCGGCCUGCUCUUCCUCUACAUCGCCGGCUGGAUCGGGUGGGUCGGCAGGAGCUACCUCAUCGCCAUCCGUGGGGAGAAGAAGCCCGCCAUGAGGGAGAUCAUCAUCGACGUCGAGCUCGCCACGCGGCUCCUCCCCAGGGGCUUCAUCUGGCCCGUGGCCGCCUACCGCGAGCUCAUCAACGGAGACCUCGUCGUCGACGACGCCGACAUCGGCUACUACUAAAUGCCCAUGCAUGGCUGCUGGCUAGCUGGACACUUGGGCAGUCGGGGAAGAUGGCUUUUGGUGUAGGAGCUGAUAGGAUUAUGGAGGAAUGGAAGCUCUGUUGUAUUUAAAAAACUCAAGCCUUGUAUAACUGUACCUCUCUCUUGUGUGUAUUCUUGAGAACGAUUUCAUGAUGCAUUCGUUGCAAAUUGCAUGCUUUCGUCAUCGAAGAGAUACACAUGUUCGCAA